CACCUGCUGGCUCACUUUGCGCAACCCCAGGCAUCGAGAUCUGCACAAGAUGCAUCGAAUUGGCCCAUUAUAUCGGAUAGCGUGGUGCAGGAGGCCGUUGCUGCAAGUCAAUCGCCGCUUCAUAUCAUCGCAGAAAACCCAGCCCGCCAAUGCGCCGCAUGAAUACCAGUCGCUGCCGCCAGAGUGGGAAGAUGAAGCACCUGCACUGUCGGACUUUACGCAGCUGCCGCAUAAGGACUUUGGGAAGAAUCAGUUGAUGGAAACGAAUGAGGAGUUCAAGAGGUCGUUAAGAGGAAUACUCAAGCAGUUCCCUCCCAUCACCUACGCCUUUGCCUAUGGCUCCGGCGUCUUCCCUCAAUCUGCUGCGACCGCUUCGCGCACGACUCACUCCCCUCACCCGAACCCUCCCGAGGCGAUACUGAAGUGGCAGAAAGGCGGCGGAAAGAUGAUUGACUUCAUCUUGACCCCGAGGUUCUCCCAGCACUUUCACUCCCUCAAUUUGCGCGAGCACCGGGACCACUACUCGUUCCUUGGGUCGCUGGGCUCGGGGGUUGUCAGCCAUGUGCAGGACAAGUAUGGCGCUGGCGCUUACUUCAAUCCGUACAUCACUGUCAAUGGAACGUUGAUCAAAUACGGAGUCGUCAAUUUCGAGACGCUGUUGCGCGAUCUCACCGAUUGGGACUCGCUGUACUUCGCCGGGCGUCUACAGAAGCCUGUCAAGAUCCUCUUCGAAGAGCCAAACAUCCGAGUUGCAAACCAGCGCAAUCUUCUCUCUGCCGUUCGAUGCGCGCUCCUCCUCCUACCGCCAACCUUCACCGAGAAGGAGUUGUACUCGACGAUAACAGGCUUGAGCUACCAGGGCGACCCGCGCAUGCAGUAUGGAAGCGAGAACCCCAAGAAGAUCGACAACAUUGUCACACAUCAAAUUCGGAACUUCCGUCUUCUCUACCACGACCUCAUAAUGUCCCUCCCGAACAUUCGAUACGCCGAUGAUUCAGCCAUUGCCAAGUCAGACUGGAUAGACAACCUCGAUCUGGAUUUGAAGCUUUCACAGGACAUGGAUCCCGAGCGACGAGCCAACAUGGUCAGGCGGCUACCCAAAAAGUUUCGAGAGAAGGUAUACUUCCAGUACCGGGGCAAGUUUGGUAUCUCAGGUCGCGAGUACCAGGAGAUGCUGGAUUUGAGCAAGGACGACGACGCGAAGGGUAUUUUGAAGAAGCAGGUCGCCGGUGCGUUCGACAAGCGGAUAGCAGGGGAGAAGGAUUUGCCGCAGAUGGUUACAAAGGCCAUUAACCAGACUGUGAAGUGGCCGUCUACAGUCCAGAGUCUGAAGGGCCCCCUCACUGCAGGGCCACAGAGGUCAUGGAGGUACCUGCAGGAAAAGAGGGAGAAGGCCCGAAUGAAGUAAGCCUCGGAAAUAGGGGACUAUCAGGAUAGAUGAUGUCGCACGCAUGCCCGCAACUGUUGUUUUCUUUUGUAUUACUACCAAAAAGCGCAAGCGAGCGAGCUCCCCCCAAGACAGGACUUGGAUUAGGGUCGCCCAUAGCCGCCGUUGCAGAGCGUACGGGUCAGGCUUGCAUGAGCAGACAAGCGCAAUUAUAGAUAUCAAAAUAAUCAAUGUAUAACAUAAAAACAUUUCAUUAUACAGAUUCCUGCAAAGAAAUACACCUUUCGGUCUCUACU